AUGGACUCCAAAGUAGUCGGGGACAAGGUCGACGUGAAGAUCGGUGGUCUCUACCGAUUCACGUGUGAGGCGUCUAGUUUAAAUCCAGCCAAUCACACCAAGUGGCUGAUCGAAAAAGAGGGUCAUCAAGAACACAUAAAGGGCAGUUGUGAUUGGUCGCCUCGAAACAACACGGAGAGGCGGGACGUUUUAUCUCAAAUCUGCUUGAAUAUCACUGAGGAUCACUUCUCCAGCAGAAUUGUAUGCAGGGUGCUGUUUUCGGCUAACGGAAUGUACGCAGAGAUAGCAGUAAAUUUGUCACUUGAUACGCCAGAACCAGGAAGACCGACUCCUCAGCAAGCCACCACUUUCCUGUCAUCAACCAAGGACCCAGUCACAAGACAAGACGUCACCAAGCUUCCUAUCAUGUUCACUGUCAUUGUUGUCUCAGUCACAUCCUCUGUUGUUUUCUGCUUUGCUAUAACAAUAGUUUGCAUAAUGAAACGAAAAUACCAGCAAACACGUACAGAGGAGGGGGUCGCAACGCCAAAAGAACUUCGUCUGACAGAGGUUUCUGCUCACGACCGAGGGACUUUCAACCAAUCACAUAAUGUCUACGAUUUUCCUCGUGGGAGGAUCGCCCUGCAUGAGGUACUAGGCAGCGGUAACUUUGGCCAUGUCUACCGUGCCACGGCAGAUGGGAUAUACCAUCCGGGAAUCAAGUCAGAAGUGGCCGUCAAAAUACUCAAAAAGUCGGCUGAUGCGAAUGUGGUCGUUGAUUUUGAGAAGGAAAUAGCGGUUCAAAAGGAUCUCAUAAAACAUCCCAACAUUGUGUCCAUGCUUGGCUUUUGCACAGAGACGCAGCCUUUUUACCUGAUACUGGAGUAUCUAUCCAGAGGCAACUUACAGAAAUACCUGAGGGUGAAGAAAGAUGCCUGGAGAGUUGAUGCCGUUGAGGGCGCACAGCCUGCUUGCCCCUUCCAGCUCUUGACAUUUGCCUCUGAGAUUGCCAACGGAAUGGACUACCUCUCCUCCAUGGGGUGCAUUCACCGUGACCUGGCUACUCGCAACAUCCUUCUCAGUGACGACCUGGUGUGCAAACUGUCUGACUUUGGAUUGGCACGUGACAUUUCUGAGACUGAACAAUAUGAGAAAACAUCCCAGGGAUUGGUUCCUGUUCGCUGGCUGGCUUUGGAGUGUCUCGUUCAGAACGUGUACACCACAAUGAGCGACGUGUGGUCCUUUGGUGUCUUGCUGUGGGAGAUUGUCACGCUAGGUGACCAUCCCUAUCGUGGAAUGUCCGCCAGUGAAAUAAUUGACAUCUUAGCUGAGGGUUAUCGGUUACCAAAUCCCUCGCAUUGCCACAAUCAACUGUGA